GUAUUUUGUCCUCUGACCAGAAGAACCGCACUGACCCAUUCUCUAGUCUGCCCCAACUGCAGCAAUGUGCUGACCAUCUCCCGCACCGAGACGAGCUCACACCCGCUGGGUGUCAACCGCUUCGAAUGCCGCGCCUGUCCCUACGAGGAGAUUCUGGAGAAAAAAUGGUUCGAGGAGACCAAGAUGAAGCAGAAGGAGGUGGAGGCGGUGUUUGGCGGCGCGGAGGAGUUUGCCAACGCGGAUAGCACGCCCACUCAAUGCCCGGCCGAAAACUGCGAGGGCGACCGUGCGUAUUUCAUCCAGGUGCAGAUUCGGAGUGCAGAUGAGCCGAUGACUACGUUUUUGAGGUGUACGACUUGCGGCGCCCAGUGGAGAGAGAAUUGA